AUGGCAACAACGUAUGCUAUGCCUUACCAACCUCAUCUACCUCCUAUACACCAGCAUCAGCAACAGCCUCCUACCAGUCAGGGGUCGUAUCUACCUCCAUCUUAUCGCCAGGACUUACCGCGCAUGAAUUCCAGUGGUCCUGCCCAGUUGACUGGACGGUACCAGCAAGCUCCGCAGUUCCAGCCGCAAGGAGUACCAUCCGGGUUCUCGUCAGCUCCUCUGUUGCCACAACCAAGUCACCAGGCUCUUAACCCGCAAGGAUACCCACCUACGACAACUACGUCACAAGCAUACCAACCACGCAUCGCUCCAGCUCCUGUGCGAAGCGAGUAUGCCCCAAUGUCCACAACGCCCUUCAGCCAACCAGACAAUCGGCCAUCUUUAUGGUCUAGCUCGGAGACAGUGCCGAACGUGCUCACAGAUGCUUCCCGGGAACAACCCACAACACACGUUGUAGGCUCACAAGGAAGGCGCGGGAUUCUUCCCAGUGCGCCUGGCCGGGCUACCGUUACAACGACGAAUGGAGUGAAUGGUGCAUCCAAGGGUGCAGCGAUGCCUGCAAAGGAUGCGGAUGGAAAGUUCCCUUGUCCAAAUUGCAACAAGACAUACCUCCAUGCCAAACACCUGAAAAGACACCUGCUAAGACAUACCGGUGAUCGUCCUUAUAUGUGUAUUCUGUGCAAAGAUACCUUUUCGAGAAGUGAUAUCCUGAAACGACACUUUCAAAAGUGCUCGGUGCGCCGAGGCAAUCCUACAGGCGCCAGCCACCUCUCUAAUCCUGCCGCCCAUUUCAAGAAGUCUCAGAAUGCGAACAAUCAGGCCAAGUCGAACGCUAACUCUCCGGUAAGUGGAACGAAUGCUGCAGGUCUGAUGCCGAGCACAAACCUCCGUCAAAACACGAGCCAUACGAACGGUACUUUCUCUUCCAAAUCGUCCAACUUCUCCGACGCUCCAACAAAUCCCUUUUCUACAGCGACCACCACUCCGAGUGCGUUACAUCCAUCUACUUCCCAUCAAAACUUUGGGCCCCAAACCCCUGUUGGUUCCGCAAGCAAUGGCGCCUGGGCAUCAAUACAGCAGGCAGCCCGGUCGAACAACCAUGCAAUGUAUCCAUCCGCGUCUUCUGCAUCACCGCACCAUUACGGCCUUCCAGCCAGCAGCGCAGAGGAGCGGAAAGGCACCAUGUCAGUGGCGUCCGGUGUAGGGGAAGAAUGGAACCAGAUGUUUCAGUCUGGGGAGAGUCAAGAAUACAUCUUUCCGUCAUCUAUGGGGAGCAGUUAUCAAGGCAUGCAGUCGCAUGUGGAUGUGAAGAAGGAAUAUGAUCAAACUACCGCUGAACCAAACGGUUAUUACAUGGCACCCACAAACUUAGGGGCUGAUGGUACGCUUGGCCCUCUACUCUGGAAUUUAGCUUCUACACAAGAAGAUCCUCUUGAGCUAAAAGGUGAUCGCCUUGUUGACUUUUGCUUCCCUGCUGGGAUACAGGACUCGCUUCUAGAGCAACAAAGUAAUGCAAACUUCCGAACAUGCCUUGCGGCUGAUAAUAUCAAGCAUUUUCUGGAGCAGUUUUCCCAUUUUCAGGGACAUUUUCCCUUUCUGCAUAUGGCGUCCUUCAAUUUCGCAGAGGCAUACGACGGUUUGAUCCUGGCAAUCAUUUGCAUCGGGGCGGUGUACUCGGAUCGUGUUUCACAGGUACAAGUUCGCGGGUUGAUGCAGCGAGCAAAAUACGGCAUAGAGCGCACUUCACUUCUCUUUCAGCAGGCGCAAAACGGCGGUGAUCUAGACAGUUCGCAACCUCGACACGUCGCAACCUUGAGGUAUCUAGAGGAGAUUCAAGCUCUUCUUCUUUUGUACAUCCUGUUUACUUGGCAUGGCGGCCCGGCAGAGCGAGCUACUGCUCGAAGUGAUAGCAGGAAACUGAUUUGGAUUAUUAGAAGAUAUCGGUUGCUUGAACUGGUCGAAAGCGAAAGCGAAGGGUACAGCUUUUUCCACAACUUGCAGCUGGGCGAGCAGCCAGACCAUUCUCGGUGGAAUUGGGCAACAUGGGUCAAUCAAGAGAUGAGAUUGAGGGUGACAUAUCUGGUCUUUCUUUACCACUCGGCCCUUGUGCUUUAUUUCAACUGUGAGCCAGAGCUUGACCCAUCGGAAAUCAGGCUUCCAUUGCCGUGCGACGACGCAGCUUGGGAUGCUACGACUUCCGGAAAAUGUGCCAGCGCGCUUGGCAUGAAUGGUCCGGACCAACAGCAAGCUCUCAAUCAAGCUGGGAGUCAGCGGUUGAAGCAGCUAGAUAUGCACCAUGCCAUCGAGGCCUUGUACUCGCCAACACUCAUGUUCCAGCCGCGUACAACGAAUGUGUUUUCUAAAUUUAUCCUAAUUCAUUCGUUACACAUACAGAUUUGGCAGCUUCAGCGACAACUCUCGACUGGCAUGCCCACGUCGUUCGAGACACUGACAUCGCCUCCUGCAUCCUCACCGCAAGAGGAUGGCUUGUACUCUGCUUACCAUAGUAACCCUGCCAGUGGGCAUGCCAGCCCAGAUGGUUCGUCGACUACCAGCAUGCCUCGAGCAGUAUCACUUCAGUCCAACAAACUAAUGAGGUCGGUUACAAAUGCGCUUAUCAAGUGGAAGAACAUGUGGGAUCAAGAUAUGCAGCUCCAGUAUCCUCCCUCGCAGUAUGCGGGCUGUGCUCCUCGACGGCAUGGGUUUUGCCGAGACGGUGUGCAUUUCUACUGGCUUGCGCGGGUGUUCUUGCAGCCCAAUCACAUCGAUGACUGGCAGCUUCCAGCAGAGACCAGGUUCAAACAGGUCAUCUCAGGCCUUCGUCAAGUGCGUGAAUUCGGCAAAAGCGAUGCGGCACGCAGGGGUGAAGAACCCGGUAGUGUCAGCAAUAUCGACCACUCAUUCAAUAUGGAGACCCUCGAACUCGACAUGAAGAAGCUCUUUUGUCCGAUUGGAGAUGUUGCUGAGAGCCCAGUUGAUACGUUUUCAAGAUAUGCAAAGGCUAUUGGCGUUUGA